UUUAAAAUUCAGAUCUAAAUAAACAACUGGAAUACAAAUUCAGUUUAUAAGUAUUUUGCUGUUUUACAUUUCCAGAAUGUCUCAAGAUCCUGAUUAUCACCGUACUGUAUCACUGAAACUGUCAGAGGUGCUCAAUGAUAUUGGUGCCAAUAAGAGAAUGAUUCUGAAGAGAAGGAGGAUUUACUUGUUGAGGGAAACUAUGGAGAUUUGUACAGACAUAUUGCUGGGUGAGAACAUUUCCACCUUUCAUUUUGGCAGCCAGUCUGAAGGGUCUACAACAUUAGGACUCCAUUCAGACACUGAUACACUCUACUGCUCCAGUGAGUUUAAUGUUAUACAGGACUGGAGUGAGUGGCAACCUGGCAAGCUCAAUCUACUGAUGAUCCAGGAUGAGACCACAUCACCAGGUUACUGUCUACUACAAUAUCUGAGGGAUGAAGAGCCUCCUCCUGUUCCUCUUCCUACUGAUCAUGAACUAGUCGGUGACCUUACAGUCAGCAGAGGUAAAGUGCUGGCGAAGAACACAGUAUUUAAAAAUCCUGCUACAGCAGGAACUGUAAUAAAUGGUCCAGCUCAUUCAACACAAGGAAGGCGUGGUUUUGCUGAUAAAGAUUUAGUUCCAGCACACCACUGUAAAUCAUGGCCUGCAGAAGCCCGGCCGUGGUUAUUAAGACAAGGCAUAGGAAGAUGGCCUACAGAAGACAUGAAGAGAUAUUGUGAGACUACAGGAUGUUUUGUUGUACCAGUGAGCAGUAAAAAUGGCCAGAAUGAAAAACUUGAAUGGAGAAUAUCUACUUCUCAAGCUGAAAGGUGUCUAAUGUUCAGUUUAAACAUCACACAAUUAAGAUGUUAUAUUCUGAUGAAGAUGAUUCUUAAAACAUUCAUAAAUCCUCAGUGUGAUGGUGUCCUUUCAAGUUUCAUGUGCAAAACUGUUUUAUUUCAUUGUAUCCAAAAUACACGUUCAAAUAACUGGGUGAAAUCUAACUUACUCCCAUGUUUAAUGUGCUGCCUUACAGUAUUGCAGAACUUUGUUAGAAAAGAAAACUGUCCACAUUUUGUAAUACCUAAAAACAACCUGAUGGCCGGAAGAAUUUCUCCUCAUAACAAAGUCAGAGUUUUUGAAAUCCUACAAAAGAUCAUACAAAGCAAGGGUCAAUCACUACUCGAAAUUCCCAUGGAUGACCUUGGUAAAAGACUACAAGUAAAGAUGAAGAUGGGUGAAGCUUUUCAGUAUCAUGUAACUCCAGCCCAAAUGUAUGCUACAAUUUCAACACUGCUGCUAUAUAAUAUUACAAUUAGCAUAAGCAGAAAUCACACGUGCCUUUUAGAAUCAAUGCAUGAUGGAAAUGAAAUGAUGUAUAAGAGGUUAUCAGACAUUACAUUAACACUAACAAGAAUGUACAGAGCAAUGGGUUUAAACAGCUUGGAAAAAUCUGCACUGAAGCUUUUAGCACCUCUACCUUCUUCUUCACUAGGAUCUGUGAUAGCAUCUCACAACAUUUACACUACUCAUAGUAUAUCUCCAGAAGCACUGGGCUGGUUUUCAACUGGUUUGCACUCAGAUGUGUCAUCUGGUGGGUUGAAAUUAGCAUCAGCAUUAUACUGUGUAGGAGAUAUGGAAAGAGCAGAGUUUGUUCUGAGGAAUAUAGAAGAAAAGUAUGAUCUGAAUACUGUUGAACCUGCAUGUAAUGAUCAUCCCUCGAAUUACCUAAGGCAAGGAUUCAUGCAUAAAUGUACCACUGGAAUGAAGAACUGA